CAGUAGCUUUCGUCAUUUCGGAGAGCACGGUUGUUGUGUUUGUUCAGGCGGAGAAGCUGCAGUGUAAUGGCCGCAAAGCGUGGCGUUGAUUUCCUUAAAACAGUGGCUGAAUAUAGCGCCAAGUGCAAAAGUUUCGACGGUGUCAUUCAUAUGGUGAAAAUAACCGACGGCGGUGAUGGACGUUGUGUUGGCGAGUUUACUGUUGAAGCGGAGCACUUGAAUCGCAAGGGUUCCUUGCAUGGAGGGUUAACAGCCGCUAUUCUGGAUAAUAUUACCACUUAUGCACUAAUGUCUAAAGGUUCCCAUCCUGGCGUUUCAACCAGCUUGAAUGUGAGCUAUUUGGCGGCAGCUAUGCCAGGUGAUAUUGUUGAGGUAGACGCCAAUACAGUGCGAGCUGGACGCAAAUUGGCGUACAUUGAGUGUGUGCUACGUCGUAAGUCUGAUGGAGCAGUUAUUGCCACUGGGGGACAAACCAAGUUUGUGGAUAUGCACCAAGAUGCUAAGAACUAAAGGGAGCCUACUUUAACUCAGUAAUGUAAUUGACGAGAAUAAAUGAGCGCAAGAAGCUAAUCUAAUUUAAAAUUCUAA